CGGAGGAGGGAGCGCUCGUCCGGCUCAUCUUCCGUCAAGACUCUCCAGUUCACCAAAGGGAACUUAGUCGCGCAUAUCGUUCGGCAAUCAAUAGGUCCACGUAUAAACAUCCCGUACGAUUUGUCUGCGGAUCCGAUACAUUUUUUUGAAGUCUGCAUAAUAACGAAACAUGGAGAAAUCGACAAAUGUACAAUCGAGAAGGAUAAUCAGUUGGCCGCUCAAGAUGUUGCUUUGUCUAUUCGGCAUUUGGCCAGGCCUGACGUAUGGCCUGAUCUGCAAAGCUUCUUGGCUGAUCGUAAUGGUCGUUUGCACAAGCCUUCAGUACACGUUCCUCUUCAUUCACGCGCGCACCAUUAACUUCACUAUUUUUAUGUAUGCGCUCGCAGCGUCACUAGCUAUGAGCAUGAAGUUUAUCAAAAUAGCCAUUUUCUGGUACAAUCAGCGAAGAUUCAACGAGAUGUGGAAAACGAUGUCGACGAAUUGGGAACUCGGUUGCACAAGCGCGAUUGACAGCGGCGGGAAAAUGCACGUGUUACGCCAUUUACCCAACUUCAUCGUUGCAUUCAACUCGGUGUCCGUGAUAAUGACCUCCGCAAACACCCUCUCGAACGCGAUUCAUUACGAUGAGGCUUCCAACACAACGCGAUCGUAUAUCUUGAUGAUGCAUCUUUCAUUCGACAUUAAUAAACAAUCCGUAUAUCUAGUCGUGAUAUUCCUACAAUUUUUCUACCUGCUGAUCGUUUCCGCCGGCGCUGCCACCAUCAAUUCGGUUCUCGUCACUUUGAUGCUGUAUUUAAGCGGUCAGAUCGACGUUAUUUGUAGAUGCUUGACGCACAUGCCGCAGGGCGAGCACGUGCGCAUAACGGACGUGACGGUGGUGAAGGAAAUAAUCCGGAAACACCAGAGCGUCAUUACCUUCUCGGAACAUAUUGAGUCCCUGUACACGUACAUUGCGCUGGUAUUGCUUCUUCUCAACACCCUGAUCACCUGCGGCUUGGGUUUCAUACUUGUCACGUCGGUCGGGUCGCCCAUUUUCGCUAAGAUGAUCAUGAAGAACAUCAUGUUCUACUGCGUGAUUAACAUCGAGUCUUUCGUGUUUUGCUUCGCUGGGGAGUACAUUAGCUCUAAGAGCAGAAAAAUCGGCGAGGCUGCAUACAAUUCGCCCUGGUAUCAGUCCAAAUUUCAUGGUCGCACCAUUUUGUUCAUGAUAAUGAGGUCGCAGCAUCAGUUGACGAUCACGAUGGGAAAGUUUAUGAACCUGUCGUUGGAACUAUUCUCCACUAUCACGAAAGCCUCGGCGUCCUACAUGUCGGUCCUGCUGGCGAUGUAUUGAGAAGAAAGUUCACACAUUUCAUAAUAAUAAAUACUUUGACUGAAUGUUACGAGUUAUUAGUUAGGAAUUUGUAGUCAUUAUUAGAAUUUCGGGAUUAUCAAUAAUUAGGAAUUAAAUAAAAUUAGC